CUCCAUGCGAAGGAUUCAAAAUUUUCAACAUGUCUUGAAAACGACAACAAUUCGGGAAUUUUCGUAGUUUUCUGGCUAAAAUUCUCAUAGAAGCUUCAUAAAAAUGUCAAAGAGAAAGAGUAAGAGCGAAGAUAGCGACAGAUUUGGUUCAAAGCGUUCGCGUAUUCUUGAAAGUGACGAGGAAAAUGAUGUUCAUGUUGAAAAUAAUCAGGUCGAUGAUGGUAUUCAGUCGUCCGACAGUGAUUGUGAUGACAAUUGUUCACAGAACCCAGGUUUUAUUUCAGAACAGAAUAUUGAGGCUGAAAAUGGGAUUAUUGAAGAAAUUGUUUUGCAAAACUUUAUGUGUCAUUCUCAUCUAACGGUACCAUUGUCCUCUAACGUUAACUUUAUAAUUGGUCGUAAUGGAAGUGGUAAGAGUGCAAUCAUGACAGCCAUAGUUGUUGGAUUGGGUGGAAAGGCCGCCAGCACAAACCGAGGAAAUUCUUUGAAAGGUUUUAUUAAAGAUAAAUGCAGUUCUGCUGUGAUUAAAAUUAAGCUGAAGAAUGGUGGUCGAGAUGCGUACAAACCCAGCGAGUAUGGGCCCCGCAUUAUUGUCGAACGGAGAAUAAACAGCGAUGGUGCUGGAUCGUAUAAAAUAUGCGAUGCUAAAGGAAACGUCGUUUGUCAGAAAAAGAACGAGCUAAGUCAUAUACUCGACCAGUUUAACAUUCAGAUCGAUAAUCCAGUUUCAAUUUUGAAUCAAGACACCAGCAGGAACUUUUUGUACGCAUCUGAUCCGAAAAAGAAAUACAAAUUCUUUCUAAAGGCGACACAACUGGAGCAAAUGAGCAACGAUUACGUUGUUAUUAAAGAACAUCAGAAGAUUAUGUCUUUAACAUUGCAGAAAAAGAAAGAGACAAUUCCUGAGAUGGAAAAGGAAGUUCGACAACUCCAAGAAAAAUAUCGUGAUCUGGAGCAGUUAAAGGUCCUCGAGGUAAAGAUCGAGGAUCUGAAGAAGGAAAUAGCUUGGGCACAAGUUAUGGAAAAAGAAAAGGAAAUGAAACCAAUUACAGGAAAGAUAAAAUCUGAGAAGGAAAGACUUCCAAAAUACCAGGAAAAAAUUGAAGAAUGUCAGGAAAAAGAAGCAGGAUUGGAAGAGGAAUGGGGCCAAGUUAAAAAUGAACUGUCUGAAAUAUCUACGUUAAGUGAUGAGCUAACGAUUAAGCAAGAAGCGAUAAAUGGUGAAAUGAAGCUAAUGAAACAUAAAGCUCGAUCUCAUCUGAAUGAUAUGAAGAAGUCCGAGAAAGAGUUGGAAAACACGCAGCAAGAGAAACAUGAAUUAGAGCGACGAAUAGCGGACAUCACAUCAAAUGCAAUGAGGGACAUUGAAUCGGAGAGACUGGAAAGGGAAAGGGUUGUGCGAGAAAAAAAGGAAGCGCUUCAAUCCGCUCAGUUUCAACUAAAUACAACGAAUCAUCAUAAAACCCAACUUGAAGGCAAUGUGACACGUUUAAACGAUCAGUUGUAUCUGUUAAGAAAUAACGUGAGCGAUGCAAGGAAAAACGUGGAUCAAACAACAAGAAGACUUGAUGAGCUCCGAGAGGGUCGGAAAGAUUCCUUAAAACGUUUUGGUAGAAGAGUACCAGAACUUUUACUCAAGAUUGAAACUGCUGUUAAAUCAGGAAGUUUUCAUAAGCCACCGAGGGGACCAAUUGGUGCACGUAUCAAUCUUCAACAGGAAAACUGGGCGAUUGCAGUGGAAACAUGCUUAAAAGGUCUGGCUUUCGCCUUUUGUUGCACAGACACACACGAUGCAGCAGUGCUAAGAAAUCUUAUGAAGACAUUAUAUGACUCGAACAGAAUGCCUCAGGUCGUGGUCUCCAGGUUUCAGGAUGCUUUUUAUGAUGUAUCAAGAAAUAAACCGCGAUGUUCAUAUCCUACAGUCAUGGAUGUUCUGCAGAUUGAUGAUCCUGUCAUAUUUAAUUGUAUUGUUGAUCAGACUAGUGCUGAAUGUGUUUUGCUCAUCGAGAAUCCCGCAGAAGCCAGAGACGUAAUGUUCAAUCGUACUCCUGAAAAAGCUAAAAUGGCGUUUGCAGGAAAUGGAGAUCAAAUAUUUGGCGGAAGGAGUGCGAAGUCGUAUGCUUACACGGGUAACGGAAGUACCUAUCUUCGUGGAAAUAUCGAUGACCAAAUAAGUCGAGUGGAGCAACAGCUGUCAGAAGAAAGUGAUAAGUACAACCUGCUACGAGGUGAUCUUGAUCAUUACAAUAGGCAAUUGAGGGAAUUUCAAGCUGAGUUGAAGAAAAGUAAAAUGAAGAGUUUGAAAGAUCAGGAAAUACACAAUAAGAUAUUGCAGGAAGUAACUGAACUCGAACAGUUCGAGGAAGAAGCUCUUCCAGAUGUCACUGUUUUGCAAGAAGAUGUAAACACCUUAAUUCAGAGAAUUGACAAACUAACCUCACAGAGUGACGCAAAAUCGAAAGAAUAUUUGAAAGUCAAGAAAACUUUAGAGGAAAAAACAAACGAGUCAAAUGAACACAAAUUAAAGAUACAAGAAGUGAUAGGAAAAGCCGAGCCACUUACGUUGCGUUUGAAUACAAUUGAAAGCGAGUUAGCGACAGUCAAAAGCCACCGCAAACAUUACGAAGGCAAGAGGAAUGAAUUACAAAUGAAGAUUGGUCAUCUCGAGGGCGAGUUGGCCCGUAUAACUGAAGAUGCUCAGAAAACUGCAAGCAUGGCUACUGAAUAUUGUGAACGUGUUGAGACCAAGAGAACAGUGAAGAGUCUGGAGAGUGAAAUCUCACAAGCUGAGAGGAGAUUGAGAGCAGAACAACAAAGCCGUGGCAGAGUUGAGGUAAUCACUAGACAGUUUUCUGAAGCGAAGCAACGUUUGGAUGAUGUGAAGGCGUCAAUGAAAAGCAUGGCAACUUUUUGUAAGAAACUUGGAAGAAUGCUUGAAGAUCGAUUAUGCGCAUACAGUUCAUAUAGAAAAUUCAUCACUCUUCGAGCUAAUAUGCUAUUUCAAAUGAUGUUGUCACAACGUGGAUACUCCGGAAAAUUGAAACUGAAACACAAAAAAGAAGAGUUACAUUUAUUGGUGGACGUUGAUCAGGCAAAGAAAGGUGAUAGUAAAAGCACAAAAUCUCUCUCUGGUGGAGAAAGAUCCUUUGCUACAGUAUCUUUCAUCAUGGCACUUUGGGACGCUAUGGAAGCACCGUUCAGGUGUCUUGAUGAAUUUGAUGUCUUUAUGGACAUGGUGAACAGAAGAAUUAGUAUGGAUUCUAUUAUGAAAGUAGCUAAGGAACAGCAUCACAGACAGUUCAUCCUGCUCACUCCUCAAGACAUGAGUAACGUUGGACAGACUAACCGUGUUAAAAUAUUCAAACUACAAGACCCUGACAGAGGACAAACGACAUUGCCAUUUCGGCCUGUGUGAUAAGAGUUGCUGUGUGAUAGCAAUCCCUGUUAAAUAAUGAUUCCUGUGUAUCAUCGUUCAGUUCUUAUGAAUAGCAUAAAUUUAAGCUAUAAAUUCAUGCAAACAUCACAUUUGUUUAUAUGAGGAACGGAAAAAUCAAUGAAAUGAAGGAUACAAUUCUGAUUUUGUAAAAUAGGCGGGGGUGAAAAGUCUCGCUAUCCAAUCCUCUGCUUCCGCUUUGAGAUGCAAAUAUUAAGGAUAAUUACCUUGUUUUUUAUCCAAAAAAAAAUUUUUGUCUGCCUUCGUGUA